UGUAUGUGAACAAUAUCAUUUGAUUUGUUUAGUGGCAUGCAAGCAGGAUGAAAAGGCCUAGUGUGUUUAACAGUGAUGGGUGUGAAAACACUGCACACAUUCUGAGCAACGGACUGUAAUAUCCUGCAACUGAAAGGAAAUAGCUUUUUCAGGAAGCACAAACUCUUAGCUGGUUCUUUGAAAUUUAACAACAUGACAGACGACUGUUCCAAAACAACCAGUAACAUCCCUUCGUUAACAAUGGAGGUUGAUACUGCUUUUCUCCGAUCCUUGAGGGGUGUCCUUAAAUUAGUAGAGAUGGGGACUAUGUUUGUAGCAUUUGUGUGUUUUGCGGCAGCAUCCAGGCCCAAAUACAUUGCAGCUACAUGCAUGGAGUUUGUGAUCACAUUCUCCCUGCUUCUGCUGUACACGCUGAAGUUGAACAAGAAGCUGACUCUGUUCUUCUGGCCUCUCGUUGAUUUGUUCAACUCACUGUUUGCAGCAGUCUUCAUACUUAUCCUGAGUCUGAUAGCAGUGUCCACUUACACAGUGACAGGGACCCUGGGUGGAGGGAUAGUGGGUUUCAUAGCAACAGGCCUGUGGUGUGUGGAUGGUUACAUGCUUUUCAAGAGGGUCACAUUCAAUCAACCAAGAACAGCAGCAACUGGCACUGUGAAGUGAAGACACCACAAUUGUCUCCUCCCAUGCUCACUCUCUUCUGUCAGUCCUUCCAUUUAUAGUGUAGGUUUAAAGGGGCAAUCAGCAGUUGAAACAAUAACAAAGCUUGGCCCCGGCCCGUUUUGGUAAAAACCUGAAGGAUAUGUGGAUGGAGAAAUGUAACCACUCUCAAAUUCAUAGACAGGACUGACCAUCAAUGUUAUCAACAUGAUAGUUUUAACCAUGUUUCGAGGCUAUAUAGUGUUUGUUUACAUUUUGUUUGUUUACAAUUAUUGGAGUAAAACAAGCUUAUAUUUUGGGUUCUGAUGGUGUAUGACAGUUGAACUAAGCUCAUGGGGAAUUUAUAUAUGUGUACAUAUCAUUAAUUUCUAAAUAAAAAAAUGGAUGUAUCAACUGCA